AAUCUUAUAUAAACUAGCUGAUGCUGGUACUUUAGCAUUAUGGAAAAUAGAAAUAGUAGCUGGCGAGUGUUGCAAAGUUCUGAAAAGUGACAUUAUAGUAAUCUUAAUGAAAAGAAGGGCAAGAACAAAAUUACUACCGGAUCAAGCUUUGUUUAUAUACUCCUACAAAAUCUUAUCAGCUCACUUAGCCUUAUUGGCUAUGGGACUUAAUUCCCCAGUAAACAAUAUGAAAAAUAAAUGGAGGUAUAACCCCGGAAGUACAAAACGUCAUAGUAAAUUGACAGUUUCGGAGUGGAUGGGAAUUCCUUGCAAACAAGCAAACAAUAGAAUGACUCGUUUUACAUUGUGGAGGUUUGGGUGCGGGAUGACUCGCCCUUCGGAUAGAGGGAUGGUGGUGCAGGGAAACUAGUGUGCUAACCAGACAAUACACCCGUACCACGUCGGAUUGAGGGAUGUAUCACGUGGAACGGAAUAAUUGUGGUGUACGGAUGUU